CAGCGAGCAGAGCUGACAGCCCCGAGCUGGAGCUGCGGGACUCCGGGAGCCUUGCGGGUUCCUGUGGCUGGCGUCUGCGGGUACAGCAGCGGCUGACCCGCUUGGGUUCGGGGAUUUACACAAACGUGGAGCGAUGCUUGUGACUCUGCAGCUCCUCAAAGGCCCUUAGAAGCCUGUUUCUCGGCGCGGUCCAGGACCUCCAGCCCCAUGGAGCCCCCGAUCCCACAGAGCGUCCCUUUGACUCCCAGCUCAGUCAUGGUGCAGCCCCUUCUUGAUAGCCGGAUGCCCCACAGUCGGCUCCAGCACCCACUCACCAUCCUUCCCAUUGACCAGAUGAAGACCAGCCACGUGGAGAACGACUACAUUGACAACCCUGGCCUGGCCCCCCCAACUGGCCCCAAGCGGCCCCGGGCUGGGGCCCCAGAAUUGGCCCCAACACCUGCCCGCUGUGACCAGGAUGUCACUCAUCACUGGAUCUCCUUCAGUGGGCGCCCCAGCUCUGUCAGCAGCAGUAGCAGCACCUCUUCUGAUCAGCGGCUCCUAGACCACAUGGCCCCACCACCUGUGGCUGAGCAGGCCUCGCCCAGGGCAGUGCGCCUCCAGCCCAAGGUGGUCCAUUGUAAGCCACUGGACCUAAAGGGCCCAGCAGUCCCACCAGAGCUGGACAAGCACUUCUUGCUGUGCGAGGCCUGUGGGAAGUGUAAGUGCAAGGAGUGUGCGUCCCCCCGGACGUUGCCCUCCUGCUGGGUGUGCAACCAGGAGUGCUUGUGCUCGGCCCAAACCCUGGUCAACUAUGGCACAUGUAUGUGCCUGGUACAGGGCAUCUUCUACCAUUGCACCAACGAGGACGAUGAGGGCUCCUGCGCCGACCACCCCUGCUCCUGCUCCCGUUCCAACUGCUGCGCCCGCUGGUCCUUCAUGGGUGCCCUCUCCGUGGUGCUGCCCUGCCUGCUCUGCUACCUGCCCGCCACCGGCUGCGUGAAGCUGGCCCAGCGUGGCUAUGACCGCCUGCGCCGCCCUGGUUGCCGCUGCAAGCAUACGAACAGCGUCAUCUGCAAGGCAACCAGCGGGGACGUCAAGGCCAGCAGACCCGACAAGCCUUUCUGACACUUUGGGUUGAAGCCCCAGUGCUGUCGCUAGAAACGUGAUUCCUCCUGCCAGUCUUCUGAGGCUGACCUUGCUUCACAUCCCUGGCUUGGGAAGAAGCAGGCAGAGACAGCCACCAUCACCCACCCUCUGUUCCCCAAAAGGAUGAAGAUGUACUCUGGGUAUUUUUAGGGUCUUGGAACUUUGUGUCAAGCAGACAGUGGCACGGGCAGGGUGUGAUUUUGGGGGGAUUUUUCUUUUUCAGAAGACGGAACACAGAUGUGGACGCAUUUCCCAAGUUGCAGCUGCUUGAUGGCCUUUGGGCUCCUUGCUCCUCCCUCCACUUUGCCAUUAUCUUUGGCUCUCACAGAAGCCAGCUGACUGUCUGGGAAGGAAUUGUUAACUGAGGGCCAGGGUCACCUUGAAGAAGACCCUUGGAGUCUCAACUUCUCAACCUUCUUCUUCCCCUCCUCCCUCCACACCAGUUGGCUCCUGCGUCCAGGAGAAGGUCUAGAACCCUAGCCAUUCCUAUUGUAUAUACUUGGGAGUCGCUGAGAACAGAGGACAGCAAGUGAGUUGAAGCCUCGUUCCUCCUCCUGCCUCCCCAGAACCACAGGAUGGAUUUCGGAGCCACCGAGCAGUGCAUUCCUCUCUCUUGGCCGCAUCACUAACUUGGGGUGUCCGCUCAACACACCGUCCACYGGUUCUUACUGAGUCACAGACUUGCCCACCUGCUCUGUGUCCUGAGUUCUCUCUACUCAGAUCCUUUCCAGAAACUUGAUGGGUAGAGGAGGCCAGGGGAGCACAUGCGAGACCAAAUAUCAUUUUGCCAAUGAGUCUGAGGCUGUGGUCUCUGGAUCCAGUCGCGAUGUUUUUAUAGAAUAAUUAAACCAGAUGCUAACGGUGUUUUAAAAAAAAUAAUAAUAAAACAACUUGCUUCCUUUUGGGCCACCCCCAGGAAGGGCUGAUAUCAAAAUCUGGGGGGGCAAGUGACCUCAAGGAACACAAUUCCCCUGCCCACCAAGAAGAGGAUCUUAACAGCGAAGAAGAGGCAGCACCUCUCAUUGGCAGAAUGACAGCUGAGCCGAGCUGGGGCUGGGUUUCCUCUCUCCUGAUUCUGCUGCUUACUGUCAUAGCCUUUGUGUAUAGUGACGCGUCUGUAUCUUUAUGUAAAUAGAGAUGGUGAAAAGAGUAUAUUUUAGUGUUAGGAAGCCCCAGCGGGGGAGUCAGAAGAACUCAAGAGAGGGUGGGAAAGUUCUCCAGGGGCCCCCUGGGAUCAAGCCCUGCUUUUGUGCACAGCACACCCCCCUCCCGACAGCCCCCAAAGACGUAGCAACUCUUUCUUUCAAGGUGCUAAAGGACUCGGAAAGUGCAGCACGUCCAGUGGGUAGGUACUUGUUGCAUGCAAAAGCUGUAGUGUGUCUGGUCCUCCCC